AGAAGCGGUAGUUUGACGACGAACAAACCACAGUAAACCUUUCUUUCUUUCCUCCCUCCGGCAAACCUCAAAAACCCCAGUGGAUUGUAGAGCGAGAAGGGAGAUUCUCAGAGAGCAUUGAUUUGGAGAUGAAUGAAAUGGAAUUAGAGCCACGGGUGAAACCCCUAACUUACAAAGUAAAGGGGAUUUCGAGAGAGUCACCGUCGCAGAAGGCUUCACAUGUUCUUGACAUUGAUCUUCGAAAUCACUGGUCCACAGCUACAAACACCAAAGAAUGGAUUUUGCUCGAACUCGAUGAACCUUGCCUCCUAUCACACAUAAGGAUAUACAAUAAAUCCGUGUUGGAAUGGGAAAUUUCAGUUGGCUUGCGAUAUAAGCCAGAGACCUUUAUAAAAGUCCGCCCGCGGUGUGAAGCACCUCGCCGUGACAUGAUGUACCCAAUGAACUAUACUGCAUGUCGAUAUGUGAGAAUAUCUUGUUUGCGGGGGAAUCCCAUAGCUGUUUUCUUCAUUCAGUUGAUUGGUGUUCCGGUUACCGGUCUUGAACCAGAAUUUCAACCAGUUAUUAGUCACCUAUUACCACACAUAAUUUCUCACAAACAAGAUGCCGAGGACAUUCAUCUUCAGUUGCUUCAAGAAUUGACGAACCGGUUGGUGACAUUUCUUCCCCAACUUGAGGCAGAUCUUAACAGCUUUCCAGAUGCUCCGGAACCUACUCUUCGCUUUCUUACAAUGCUUGCUGGACCCUUUUACCCAAUUCUUCACAUACUAAAUGAGAGGGAAACUUCUAAAUCAGCUGGCAAUGCCUUGGACAUUGAAGCAUCUAAGAACAGUCUUCCAUCACCAGCUUUAACAGUUUCCUCUAAUUUUGAGCCAAGGAGAUCACGCAACGCAAUUGCCACUUCCUCUAACACUUCCACUUCUGCAGUUUUCCGCCCAGAUGCAAUCCUUCUGUUGCUAAGAAAGGCUUAUAAGGAUUCUCAUCUGGGAACCGUUUGCAGAAUGGCUUCUAGAGUUCUACUGAAGCUUGAACAUCCCAGCAUAACGCAAGAAGCGUCUAUCUCUUCAUCUGAUGUCACAACAGUUAAUGAUAAGGUCCCAAGUACUGAGUCACUUGGUGCUCUUCAAGCCACAGAUUAUUCAAACUUGUUUGGGGAGGAGUUUCGCGUAACUGAUGAUAAUUGGAACUUCAAAUAUCUUCAACUCCUAGAUAUAAAGGCGAUUGAAGAAGGAAUUUUACAUGUUCUUUUUGCUUGUGCAUCCCAGCCUAUGCUUUGCAGCAAAUUGGCUGGAAACAGUUCUGAGUUCUGGUCCACAUUGCCACUCAUACAAGCUUUGUUGCCAGCACUUCGUCCUAAUUUUAGCAGUUCCGGUCAGGUUGAUGAUGGUUUUUCUGCAUGGAGACAACCCUUUGUGCAACAUGCGCUGUCUCAGAUUGUGGUGACAUCAACUUCUCCCCUGUAUCGUCCGCUGCUUCAUGGAUGUGCUGGCUACUUGUCAUCUUUUUCACCAUCACACGCCAAGGCUGCAUGUGUUCUGAUUGAUCUCUGUACUGGUGUGCUGGGACCAUGGAUGGGUCAAGUAAUUGCGAAGGUGGACUUAGCUGUGGAGCUUGUCGAGGACCUUCUAGGUGUACUUCAUGGUGCUCGUCAUGCAAUAGCCGAUGCGCGUGCUGCUCUCAAGUACAUUGUUUUGGCAUUAUCUGGGCAUAUGGAUGAUGUCAUGGCAAAAUAUAAGGAUGUAAAGCACCAGAUUCUUUUUCUUCUGGAAAUUCUGGAGCCUUUUCUUGAUCCGGCUUUAACCCCCUUAAAGAGCAUGAUAGCCUUCGGAAACGUAUCUCCGAUCUUUCUUGAUAGUCAGGAACAGAAUUGCACUGUUGCAUUAAAUGUGAUCCGAACUGCAGUAACAAAAUCUGGCAUUCUUCCGUCCUUGGAAUCUGAAUGGAGGCGUGGUUCAGUUGCUCCUAUUGUACUUCUCUCAAUUUUGGAGCCUCACAUGCAAUUGCCACCUAAUAUUGACCUUGGCAAAUUUCCUACUUCUGAGGCCAUGGAUCCUCAACCGCUAGAUGUUUCCCCUCUCUCUUCUGCUCCCUGUAAUGGAGCUUCUGCUUCAAAGAUUAUUGACCAAGACGAUGCUGAUGGAAGGAUAGACACUUCAGAUACUAUGGCUAAGCUAGAAAUUUUUGAUGAUGUCAGUGUUCUUUUUGCUCCACCUGAAGUCAGGGACAUGAUGCUUACAUAUGUUUGUGGGGUUCCUGAUCAAACAAACUCAGAUCUGAGCCAUUGCAAUGCCAAUGCAGAAGAGAAACAUUUAGUCGAGAGAAAAGCGCCCAGCAACUACAAAGGUGAAGGCUUUGGUGCUAUGGAGUACUCUGAGUUGCAUACAGAGUGUCUACAGCUUAUGAAUUAUGGAGAUUGUGAGUUGUGGGCCUCUGAGUUUAGGCGUGUGGCUUUCGAUUUACAUUCACAUUGUGAUAUUACCCCUGAGGGUCAUAAUGCUGCCAUAGAUGCUCUGUUGUUGGCUGCAGAGUGCUAUGUUAAUCCCUUCUUUAUGAUGUCUUUCAGAGACUAUCCUAAGCUAGCCCUGGAGACAAAAAUUGGCAAGACCAAUGAUAAAUAUGGCUUUGCAGAAAUCAGAAGAAUUUUGGAAAAGAGUGACAGUACUUUGGAAACUAUAGCUCGUCUUGAGAAGAAGAGGGACAAAAUAGUUCUUGAAGUUCUUCUUGAGGCUGCUGAAUUAGAUCACAAGUAUCAGAAAAUGGUGCCUAACAGUGAUAAUUCUUCCCCAGUUCCUGACGAAAAUGACGAUGUUAUACAAUUUUCUGUGCCAGAUACAUCAUCUAUGGAUGCCAUGACCUUGGUUCGACAAAAUCAAGCCUUGUUAUGCAAAUUUCUGAUAAAUUCUUUGCUGAAGGAGCAGCACUCAAUGCGUGAGAUUCUUCUGCAGAGUUUGGUGUUUCUGUUGCAUUCAGCAACUAAACUUUAUUGUCCUCCUGAACGUAUAAUUGAUAUCAUAAUAGAAUCUGCUGAACAUUUGAAUGAGCUGCUUGUAUCGUAUUGUCAUCAAUCUAAGGAAGGGACUUUGCAAUUGGAUUUGAUUAAGGUACACGAGGUAGAACGUCACUGGAUGCUUCUUCAAAGGUUGGUGGUAGCUUCAACCGGAGGUGAAGAAGGUUCUAAUAUCUUAGUUAAUAUGAACAAUGGGGCUCGAUUCAGUAAUAUGGUUCCUUCUUCAGCUUGGGUGAAGAAAAUAUCUUCCUUCUCUUCUUCUGCAUCUCCUCUGGUUCGAUUUGUUGGAUGGAUGGCAGUAUCUCGUAAUGCGAAAUUGUAUCAGAAGGAAAGACUCAUUCUUGCUUCUGAUUUGUCUCAGUUAACAACUUUGUUAUCUAUUUUCAUUGAUGAACUUGCUGUAGUUGAUGACAUUGUUGAGCAGAAAGCUGAGAACAAGAUUCAUGGAGUAGGAUUCAAACAAGAUAUAAUUUCUGUUAGAGGGCAACUCGCUAGUCAACAUGGAGAUCAUUCUUUUCGUGUAAUCUACCCUGAAAUUAGCCAGUUUUUUCCCAAUUUGAAGAGACAAUUUAAAGCCUUUGGGGAGACUAUAUUGGAGGCUGUUGGACUGCAACUGAGAGUUCUACCUUCUAGUGUUGUGCCAGAUCUAUUGUGCUGGUUUUCUGACUUGUGUUCAUGGCCCUUACUUCAGAAAGAGGAUGACCAAGUUCCGUCUUCUAAAAGAUCUCCCUUGUUUAAGGGGUUCCUUGCAAAGAAUGCAAAAGCUAUCAUCUUAUAUGUACUUGAAGCCAUUGUAGCUGAGCACAUGGAAGCGAUGGUGCCUGAAAUACCUAGAGUUGUACAAGUGCUCCAAUCCUUGUGUAAAACCUCAUACUGUGAUGUGGCAUUUCUUGAUUCUGUUUUGGGUUUGUUAAAGCCAAUCAUCUCCUAUUCUUUGAGGAAGGCAUCUAGCGAGGAAAAUCAAUUGGUUGGUGAUUCAUGCCUUGAUUUUGAGUCUGUGUGCUUUGAUGAGCUUUUUAGCAACAUAAGAAACCAUUCUGAGAAUCAAGUUAGUCCUGCUGAACAAGGAUAUAGCAGGGCUCCAACAAUUCUUGUUUUGGCUUCGGUUUUUCUUGAUUUGUCAUUACAAAGGAAACGUGAGAUAUUACAGUCGCUUGUAUUUUGGGCUGAUUUUGCUACCUUUGAGCCAACGACAUCCUUCUAUGACUACCUUUGUGCAUUUCGGACGCUAAUAGAAAGCUGCAAAACUUUGCUAGUUGAGAAACUACAAGUAUUGGGUGUUAUUCCUAUCAAAAUACCUCUCAAUUCGAAUGUGAAUGGUGGAUCAUGUGAUAAUAACUCUGAAUCACAUACAAAGUUCCUUGUAGAUGCUUUCAAGGGGUGUGAUAACUUGCAAAGCGACAUUGAAAAUACUUUGGUCUUGGAUCGAGUGGGUCAUCAGUUGUCUGUUGAAGAAAUGGCAGAAUUCUCCAAAGACCUGGAAGGACUUGUUUCCAAGCUUAAUCCGACUAUCGAGCUUUGCUGGAAACUUCAUUAUCAACCAGCUAAGAAACUUGCCAUCAUGUCAGCCCAAUGUUUUGUGUACUCACGAUGCUUAUCAUCAGUGUUAGAAAAAGAUUCAACUUUUGCAGAGGUUGAGAAGGAGGGUCUGGUUUCACAUAGCUUGGUUGAUCACUUUCAUUGGAAGACCAGUCUUGAACAACUUGCUGGAAUAGUUCUCGUGUUACAAGAAAACGGUUGCUGGGAGGUUGCCUCUGCGAUUCUGGACUGCAUACUUGAGGCACCUCGUUUUUUUGGUUUGGAUAGAGUAAUCAUUCCUCUUUGUUCAGCAAUGAAGAUAUUUUCAUGCACUGCACCAAAAGUUUCUUGGCGGUUGCAGACAGACAAGUGGUUGUCAUCGUUAUUUGAUGGAGGCAUUCAGAGCCUUAAUGAGAGUGAAGUUCCUUUAGUUGAUCUGCUAAGUUCAAUGAUGGGUCAUGCUGAACCAGAACAGCGUUUUAUUGCUCUGAAGCACUUGGGGAAGCUGGUCGGCCAAGAUGCAGACAGUGAAGCAACGUUACUGUCUUCAGCAUCUUACAUUAAGUCAGCUAUAAUUGAACUUGAUAGUUCAUGUGAUGAGUCGAUUUUAUCAUCUCUUGUUUCAAAUACAUGGGAUCAAAUUGUUGUGCUAGCUUCAAGUGACACGUCACCACUUUUGAGGACGCGUUCGAUGGCACUUCUAGUUAACUGUGUUCCAUUUGCUGAGAGGCGACAACUACAAUCUAUUCUUGGUGCAGCUGAUAGUUUUCUCCCUUGUUUAAUCAACCUCGGUCGCCAGACAUGUGAAGGCCCAUCUAUGCUACUUUCGUUAGCUCUUAUUGCCAGCAUCUGUCUGUACUCUCCUGUUGAAGAUGUUUAUCUGAUUCCUCAAAGUAUUUGGACAAAUAUUGAAACUUUGGGUCUAUCGGAAGCUGGAAAGCAUGAAGAUUCUGUUCAGAGUGCUUGCCAAGCUCUAUGUAGGCUUAAAACAGAAGGGGAUGAAGCCAAAGGGAUUCUCAAGGGAGUUCUCACGUCAAGUUUUUCAAAACAAGGAGACCCGGAUUUUGGAAGUACGCGUGAGUCACUUCUUCAGGUCCUUGCAAAUUUGACUUCUGUACAAUCGUACUUUGAUUUUUUCUCCAAGAAAACUGAGGAAAAACUUACGGAAAUUGAGGAGGCUGAAAUUGAAAUGGAUCUAAUACAGAAAGAGCAGUCUGUUCCAGAGUCAUCUGAUGAUUUCUUAGACUGGAGGAAGCUUCCUUUUCUAGCCAGUUAUGAGAAGGAAGAUAAACGUCUUCAAGAAAUUAAAGAUGGCAUUCAGUCUCUCGAAAAGGCCAAGCUUAAAGAAGAAAUUGCAGCACGCAGACAGAAGAAGUUGCUCAUAAGACGUGCACGUCAGAAGUACUUAGAGGAGACAGCUCUGCAUGAAGCCAAGCUCCUUCAGGAACUUGAUAGAGAAAGGGCUGACGAAAUGGAAAAGGAGAUGGAGAGACAAAAAUUGUUGGCAAAUGAACGUGCAAAAACUAGGGAGCUUCAGCAUAAUCUUGAUAUGGAGAAAGAAAAGAAAACGCAAAGAGAACUCCAACGAGAACUAGAGCAGGCAGAGUCAGGGCUUCGACCAACCUCAAGAAGGGAAUUUUCCUCUACUCAUAGUAGUCGGCCGCGAGAGAGAUAUCGGGAAAGGGAUAAUGGAAGAUCAACGAAUGAAGGCAACUUGAGAACAAGUGGUGGUGGUUUGCCGCCCGACUUCACAAACCCUAAUUCUUCUGUGUCUGCCACACCAACCAUUGUCCUGACGGGGCCACGACAAUUUUCAGGCCAACCUCCAACUCUUCUACAAUCCCGUGACCGCCCAGAUGAAGGUGGUAGUAGUUAUGAAGAAAACUUUGAUGGUAGCAGGGACUCUGGGGAUACAGGGAGUGUUGGUGAAGCAGAUCUAGUGAUGGCACUGGAGGGGCAAUCUGGUAAUUUCGGGUCAGGUCAACGGCAUGUGUCGAGAGGGAACAAGUCAAGGCAGAUGGUGGAGCGGAGAGAACGAGACGGAAGACGCGAAGGGAAAUGGGAAAGAAGACAUUAGCAGGGCAUGUAGUAAGAAAUCUUAUUUAGGUUUUUGGUAUUUUUGAAUUGUGAUUGUGAUGAUGAUGAAGUUUCUUCCUCAAUGUGUUGUAAUCAAGCCUCUUUUAGGUUUAAUGAUUCAUC